CUGCCGGCUGCUCCAAGGACGGGACCUCUCGAGGCUCUCUAGUCGCGCCGCCUCCGACGGGGGUGGGGAGGAUGUUCGCGGGCUUUUACACCCCGGAGGCAACCCCGAGGGGCUGGGCGGGGGCGGCGGGGGCGGCUGGCCCGUCCCCGCCCGUCCCAGCUCCCUCGCCGCAACCCGAAGCGCCGCCGUCGGAAGCCCGGGCGGAGAAGGUGAAGCGGCCCAUGAACGCCUUCAUGGUCUGGUCCUGCGGGCAGCGGCGUCGGAUCGCGCAGGAGCACCCCAAGAUGCACAACUCGGAGAUCUCCAAGCGGCUGGGCGCCGCCUGGAAGCGCCUCGACGACGCCCAGAAGCGGCCCUUCAUCGACGAGGCCAAGCGGCUGCGGGCCCGCCACAUGCAGGACUACCCGGACUACAAGUACCGGCCGCGACGGAAGAGCCGGGCCGGCCGGGAAGCCAGCGGGGGCUCCCCUGCUUUCCUGCCGGGACCCUCGACGCCCCUCGGCUGGACGGCCGCCUACGCCGGCUCGCCCGACGUCUUCCGAGGAAGCCCCGGCGGAGGCUACGCGAUUGGGGCCGCGGCGGCGCCCUGCAGCAGCCUGGUUUAUGGCACGCCAACCCACCCAGCCAUCGCCACGAUGCCAAGGAAGCCGGACAGUGGUUUUCAGCAACCUCUCGGGACCUUCCCGGACACGGUGUCCGUUUACGGGCUGCAGGGGUGCGAGGCCUCCGACGCAGCCACCCCGGGCUGCCUCCCGGAAUACCCUCACCAGCCCCUGGGCUUCAGCAGCGUUGCCCCCUUGUCCCCCCUCUAGCAAGGACGACGACACGACGACAGGACUCCAGCUGGCAGCCGCAUUUCGGGAUUAUUUUGCCAGGCGCAGCCAAAACAAAACAAACCAGGAUCAGGAAAGGUGGACAGAGUUUGGAAAGAGGUGCAAAGACCCCCCCCUCCCCCAAUUGGGACCUGAAGAAAGGGGGGAGUGAGGGAGGAGUUCCGGACAUUGGCCUGACCCGAACUGUAUCUGUGGGGCGAUUGCCAGCACGAAGGACGUUUUAUAAGGAGUACAAAGGUUUUUUUAUAUAUAUAUAUAUAAAAAGUUUUUUUUAUAUAUAAACAACCAAUAAAAGAUUGUUUUAA